AUGCAGGGGUUCCCAGGAUUGGUGGGUGGGAUCGCUCUGGCCUUGCGAAGUCCGGUGGCGAAAGCGGCGAAAUGGCUAGGCGAUGUGAAACCCCAACCGUGCACCCCCCUGAUCCAACCACACUCACCGAACCUGAUCCGUCCUUCCGAGCCUGCUCGCCUGCUCUGGUCCUCCGCCCGGCUGCCCGCAGCGGCAGCGGCUGCUGGCGGCGGUAGUGCUGCACCGGUCGUGCAGCGAGGAAUCCUAAGGCGGUUUGAAAGUUUCAAGGUGCCCAAAAAGCUGCCCGCAGCAGCAAACGGGUGUGGUAGUGCUGCGAAGGUCGUGCUGCAAGGCAUGGGAGUGGGAGCGGGAGGAGAUUCGGGGCCCAUCUGGCAGAUUCAGGAGAUUCAAGAGGGGUUUACACUGCGGCUCUCCGCCCCCCUAUCCUCCUCCUCUCUUUCUUCCUCCUCAUCCUCUCUUCCCUCCUCCUCCUCCUCCUCCUCCUCCUCCUCCUCCUCCUCCUCCUCCUCUCCUCCUCCUCCUCCUCCUCCUCUUCCCCCCCCCCUCCUCUUCUCCACCCCGCGCUCGCCCCUCCCCCAUGCCCAUCCCACCGCUGCCAUCCCUCCUCCCCACGGACCAGCAGCAGCAGCGCGUGGGCAGCGGGCCGGCGUUCAUGGGCAAUGUGUUUCUCGUGGCGGAUCCCUCCAAGAGAGGCAUGCUGGGCGUGAAGGUCGAACCCUCGCCGUUUACAGGGAUGGGGGAGUGGAUGGGGAAGCAGCGUCAACACCUGACAGGCACGGCACUGCAUCACUCCAGCGCGUGGGCAGCGGGCCGGCGUUCAUGGGCAAUGUGUUUCUCGUGGCGGAUCCUUCCAAGAGGGGCAUGCUGGGCGUGAAGGUCGAACCGUCCCCGUUCACAGGGAUGGGGGAGUGGCUGGGGCAGCGGCGGCAGCAGCUGCAAGGGCAUGCUGGGCGUGAAGGUCGAACCAUCGCCAUUUACAGGGAUGGGGGAGUUGGUGGGGCAGCAGCGGCAGCAGCUGCAAGGCAUCCCUCCCUCCCCCUUCAACCACCACCACCCCUUCCCUCAGCGCGCUACCUGCGUCGCCUGCAGCUAUACCCGUUCGCCCCGGACGAGGUCAAGGCCAGCACGAUUGGAUUUUGCCCGCUUGAAGUCGCGUACCGAUUCUUCAAGUUCCGCCACCCGCUUUUCUCCUUCGUGCCGGACGAGAGCCAGGUGCGGGCAGCGCGGCAGCUACUGCGCGAGCUGGAGGGGCUGCAAGCGGCGGAGCGAUUCCAGGGAGUGCCGGUGUUCAGCGCGGCGAAUCUUACCAUUGCAGUGCCGUCCAAGGGCGGGCAGCUGAGGUGGUACCGCCCCUACUUCUUCAACAAGAAGCAGCUGGACCGACUGCUGGUGUCCAGUGUUGAUCAGUACUUCAUGGGAUUGAUGCGAGCGAGGAGAGCCGCCAGACAAGCGCAGAUUGCUGCAGUGGAUGGGGCAGGGGCAGCAGGAGGUGGGGGAGGACCAGAAGAGGAAGACCCAUUUGAUUCCUUCCCAGACCCUCAUGAGUUUGCGGAUGAUGGCAUGUUCCCAGACCCUCCAGAGAUGCAAGAAUUUGCGCAAGAGUUGGGUCCCAUGCUCGGCUCCUUCCCCUCUGCCUCCCUCGGUUCUUCCUCCCCGGGGUCAACCCUGCCACUUCUAAGAGACGCAGAGCUGGUGGUGCAGGAGUGCAUGGAUCGGGUGCUGCUGAGCAGCCAAUGGGGGAGGAAACUCGCUGGUUUGGAGCCAUCUUUCACCGUCAUUGUGGAUUCGUUUGAACGGAGGGUGGAGGAGGCAGAGGUGGUGGUGGACGCAGAAAUCGAGGCGUUUGUCAGCUCUGCCAUCACCAGCCUCUCCCUCACAUCAAGACCUCUUCUUCCCCUCGUAUCGCCCCCCCACUGCUGUCCCGUCAUUGACAGGGUGGCGGAGGCAGAGGCGGUGGUGGAUGCGGAGAUCAAGGCAGCAGGUGCUGUCAGUGCAACAGCAACAACAGCAACAGGAGCAGCAGAGCCAUCAACAGCAGCAGCAGCAGCAGCAGCAGCAGCAGCUGCAGCAGAAGAAGAAGGAUGA